UUAAUCUCAAUUACUUCAAAUUUUUGGCACAAUCGCUUCACUCUUGUUUAUUUCGUUCCACGCUGCAUGCGGCUCCACUGUUCAAAAAUUUCACCAGCACCGCGUUCCGCAGCAUCGUGUAAUGACGAUUUAUCAACACUGGACUAAGUACUGCCAUGAGUACAUGGCAUCCGUUGCAGCGACCCUGUCGGUGUUUAUGGUGGUCACCACGAAUGCCUGGUCGUCCCCGGCUUUGCCUAAGUUAAUGUCAGACGACUCCCCGGUUCCAAUUACACCUGACGAAGGCUCCUGGAUGGUGUCAAUACAAGCAAUCGGAGCAGUGUUUGGGCCCAUUGUCGCCACCCUGACGGUGGACAAUUUUGGAAGGAAAUUGGCUCUCCUGGGAACCAUCAUUCCCGUUACACUGGGUUGGGUGCUGAUUGGGGUAGGCGAUACCGUUGUGUAUCUUUAUGUGGCUCGAUUUUUAUUCGGAAUUGCUUACGGAACGGUUUACUCCGUGAUACCAAUGUACCUCGGAGAAAUAUCGUCCGAUGCAAUCCGAGGGACUGCCGGAACACUGAUCACGGUACUAGCGAAAAUAGGAUUUCUAGCGAUGUACUCCAUAGGUCCCUAUGUGGAAUAUAGAACGCUCGCGUGGAUUUCGAUGGCCGGACCAGGACUAUUUGUGGUGUGCUUUAUGUGGAUGCCAGAAUCUCCGCACCAUCUGGUGGCAAAGAACAACUUCUUGUCGGCCGAGAAGAAUCUAUCGUGGCUCCGUCGAACAGAAUAUGUCACUGAAGAGCUUACCAACCUAAAACGUACCAUCCAAUUAUCUCAAGAUGAACGUGAAUCAGUUAUGGAAUUGUUCAACCCGAAGUAUGGCAAUAACUUAAGAAUCGUAGGUAUUUUGGUCUUCAACAUGCAAAUGACUGGAUUGUUGCCAAUACUGGGAUAUGCUCAAACGAUAUUUGAAAAAAUCUCAACCGACCUGAAACCCGAAGAAAUGUCUAUCGUUCUCGGUGUCGUUCAGUUGGUGGCAGUUCUUUUUCCAGCAAUCCUAGUGGAUCGUCUAGGUCGCCGUCCGCUGCUUCUGCUGUCUACGGCCGGAGUUACGCUAGGGUUGCUCCUGUGCAGUGUGUCGUUUGCAGUCGGCAACGAUGGAGGCAGUCUCGGGUGGCUCGGCUUCACGUCGCUAAUGCUCUUCAUAGUGUUCAAUGGACUAGGGCUAGCUAGCGUGUCGUUUUCAGUUCUUGCUGAGAUAUUUCCGAAGAACAUUAGAGCUUACGCCACGUCUGCUUUCACCAUGAUCAGCGCCGUUGCCGCUUUUGGAUGUGUGAAACUGUUCCAGUGGACACUAGAUGAAGUUGGUCCCUAUUUGCCGUUUGCAGUUUUCAGCAUCUGCGGUGCUGUUGGUUUGGUUUUAAUUUAUUUUUAUAUUCCCGAGACAAAGGGACGAUCACUGGAUGAGAUUCAACAGAUCGUGAGAAAAAAAAUUUGAUCUCACGAUCGUCGAUUAUGGU